AAAACAACAAGCCCAAUAGUAUCAUUGGAAGAUACACGUAAAUUUAUAUUACAAAUAACAAAUUCAAUAUCCAGUACUGGAAAAAAUGAUUAUCAGUUUUUAAAACGUUGUGAACAGUAUUUUGGGUAUGAACCACCGGCAGAAAUUAAACUGCAUGCCGAUGGUGAUUGUGGUUAUUAUAUUCCUAUUGAACGAAGUAUCAAAAAUCUAUUAAAUAAACCAGAUGUUAUCGAUAAUUUGUUGAAAAACUUAAACGAUACAAUAACAAAAACGAAAGCAGACCCGGAUUUAAUGUUAACAUAUCGUGAUGGUAGUGCAGCACAAACUAAUCCUUCGUUACAACUCCAUCCAAACUCAUUUUUGUUACAGAUUUAUACGGAUGGUGUCGGGGUGACUGUUAUGUCCUUAAACGUCUACUGA